AUGUCUACAAUCUCUUCUUUAUCGUCUAGUCAUCCGAUUGCAUUACAAUUUUCAACUUAUCCAAAUACUCAACUAGUCGUAUGUAUUAAUCCGUUACAUGAAUCUAAACAAGAUACUCUACCAACAUCAUUGAUUACACCAACAAGUUCAGACUUAUUUGAUAAUGAUGACAAAUCUUCUGACAAUAAUGUACAAGCAUUUAUUCUUCGACUUUGUCAUCAAAGAUCACGAUUAACACGAUUGUAUGAUUUAGAAAUCGAACAUCGACAAUCAACAUCACAAUUAAUUACUUUUCUUGAUAAAAUUGAUCAAUUACUUAAUGAAUAUGAAAAUCACAAAUCUAAUAAUCUAAUUACAGGCAAUCACACUAAAAUAUUUAUGCGAAAACUCAUAGUUUUUGUUUUUUCUGUUGAAUUUUCAGGUGAUACUACAAACACUAAUAAACCUCUAGAUGAUGAAUCAUAUUCAACCUAUUUUAAUGAUGUUUCUUCUCUCAAUGAUUCUAAUGACGUCGAUGCAAAUGAGUUACUUGUUGAACAAGCUUCAAAGCAAUCUGAAAGACUUUCAAAUAAAAUACAUGAUGACACAAUGAUUUAUGAGCAAAGUGCACAUGCAGAUUAUGAUGAUCAUUCUUAUUCAAAAAUAAGUCGAAAUAAUAAAUUGCCAACAAAAAAAUCCACAAUACUUCAACUUAAACGUUAUAAAUACGAAGGAUGUUGUCCAUUAACAACACGUACUUAUGGUCUUGAUCCAAUCAAACAUGGUAUUCGUCAUUUUCCAUGUACACGUGUUACAGCACCAAUUAAUCUUUAUAAACAUUUAAUACAAUAUCAUCAAUUAACACAUUCACCAACAAUGCAAAUUGUACGAUUACUUGCUGAUGAAAAUGAAGAAGGUGAUAUUGAUUUAUUUUCAUCUCAAUCAACAAGUCUUAUUGCAACACAUCCAACUGUUUAUCGUGCACAAUGUCCAUUAAAUCAAUAUGGAAAAUUUGGUAUUACAGCUGAACAUAGAAUUCGUUUAUGCACACAACCUAAUCAACCAAUUGGUGCACCAUUAAUUACACCAAAAGAUGUUUGUUUAUACGAUCAUUUUGUUGUAUAUCAUCAAAUGAAACGUUCAUGUGCUCAACGUUUAGCUGAAGCUAUUGUUAAAAAUAAAACUGAACCGGUGUUUCGUCCCGAUGAACAAUUAUUAAAUGAUACAUUCUACAUUCAAUGUCCUUUACGACAUCCGAAAGCUAUUUGUUGGAAAUCACCGAUCUCAUCUCGUCAUAUGGGUCAACAUUUAACUGGUAUACAUAAACUUGAUGGAAUAGCAAGACGUCAAAUAAUGAUGACACUUCGAAAACAACCAUCAUCAUCCGAUACAAAAUUACCUAAAACAACUUCUUUUUAA